AAGUCCAAAAGUUUAUCACCAUCAUAUGUUAUUUGUAAACAUGGAGUCUGAUGAGAGCGGUGAAAAUAAGACAUUUAACUCUGUUAACAUACCGAGAGAAGAUACAAAAUCUAUAAAUGAACAUGUAAACGACGAUAAAUUAAUCGAUACAUCAGGACCUUCUUUAACUUUAUUGGAGAACGAUGCUUCACAUCAUUCUUUUUGCGGAAGGUGUCGUUCUAUUUCUACGUCUUUCCUUGGAUCGCCAUUUCUCUCCCGACAUAAUACUCAUUUUGUAACUUCUGAAAGUUGCAGAUACGAUCAAAGCAUUCAACAAUUUUAUGCCGCUCCUGAUGUAGAUGAUGAUGUACCUCUUUUGAAUGAUGACUUACCUGAAGUCAAUAUGGGCAGUGGAAGGAGGCAGCUUCCACCUGCCCCUACUUCUGCGACCAUGGAUGAAGACCACUGCCACAUACCUAAAGCAUCAUUCAACAGCUCCAAGGCAGCCAUCACAAAGCUCCUUAUUGCCUCAGCUCUAACAGCAACUUUUAUGGUGACUGAGGUGGUUGGAGGAUAUCUGUCCAACUCCAUAGCCAUCAUGUCGGAUGCUGCACACAUGUUCAGCGACUUGUCUUCCUUCUUGGUGUCUUUAAUAGCAAUCUAUCUUGCUAUGCGGCCUGCCUCAAGAAAAAUGAACUUUGGAUAUCAUAGAGCAGAGGUUCUGGGUGCACUGGUGAGCGUGCUGCUCAUAUGGGUGAUCACGGGCGUGCUGGUGUAUGCUGCUGUGGAGCGCGUCAUCAGCAUGGACUUUGAGGUUGAAGCUGACCUCAUGAUCAUCAUUGCAGCUAUUGGCGUUGUCAUGAAUAUUAUCCUGGCGUUGGUGCUUCACGCAGGCAGUGGUGGACAUGGCCACAGCCACGGCAUUGGCGGUCACAGUCACGGACACAGUCAUUCCCACUCUAGCGGCGCUAGUGAACAAGUUGUGGUGAACGUAGACAACAGCGUGACGGCUCACAGCAGCGCCACCACACCGAUCGCGUCGAGCAGCACCAGCAGGCAGCCAACCAGGAACAACGCGAAGAACAUCAACAUCCGUGCUGCGUUUAUACAUGUCGUUGGAGACCUCCUACAGAGCAUCGGGGUUCUCAUUGCAGCGUAUAUAAUAAGAUUUUAUCCUGAGUACAAAAUAGCGGACCCCAUAUGCACGUUUAUCUUCUCCGGGCUCGUUGUGAUCACGACGAUGCCGAUCAUCACGGACAUCUGCCGCGUGCUGAUGGAGGGCGUGCCGCCUGGCGUAGACUACAACGCCAUCUGCUCCAACCUCGCCGUGAUCCCCGGCGUCAGGAUGAUACAUAGCUUGCAUGUGUGGACGCUCACCACUGACAAAAAUGCUCUCUCCGUACAUAUUGCAAUUGAUCCCGAGUACGAGUCUGAGACCGUGCUACGCGCAGCCCAGCGAGUUAUUCGUUACCGUCAUCACAUCUUCCAUACGACCAUCCAAGUCGAGCGUUAUAACUCCAACCUCAUGGAUAACUGCAACCAGUGUCAACCUUUGCCUUGACGCUCGUCUUGACGUGCCCUAGACUGUAUUACUAUAAUGUUGCAAAGAUCUGUUUCAUAUGUCUGUUGUAGAUAUUCUAAUAUUUUUUAUGACAGUAUUGCCCGUAUCUUCCUUAUAGCAGAAAUACUUUUCCAUUCCAUGUUGUUGGCCCGUUGUAAAGACGGCACGCAGAUCGCGGAACAUUUGAAAAUUUGUAUGGAAUAACACACGACAUUCACUUCAUUUUAAUAUAUGGAUUAGUUUUGCUUCACAUUUUAUGUCCAUAUAUUUUAUCCCCAAUUUUAUUGCAAUUUUUAGGAAGAAUAUAUGGCGAAGAUUAUAAAUGAUAGGCAUGUCCUUAAUUUUAAUCUAUGAAAUCCUGAUAUGUUUUUUACCUUCACAAUUUGUGCUCAAUGGAGCCAAGAACAGAGCUCAAACUCGCCUUGAAUCUAUUCUUAUUUUAUAGUUUCUCCUGUGUUCUUCAUCUGAACAAUCGAGAACAUUUUCAAGCUGUUAUUGUGUACAUAAUAUCAUUGUUAGUGAGCUUGCUUAUUUAUUACGAAACUGCAUUGACAAAGGGAAGAAUUAUUGAAAAAUAAUGUGAAUUAUGCGAUCUAAUAAUGUUUUUAUCUGAAUAUUUCUACACCAUAGCACUCGUGAUGUACUGUGGUCGAGUAAGGGCUGUAAUAAUUACAAUUCAUUGACCAAGUUAUUGUUUCAUCCAUUGUUCUUGUCAUGGUCUCAGUUCCUUUUGAAUUUUUAUCGUGCUUUAAAUUGAAAUUUACUUCAUUUUUGUUCGUGAUUUAAGACUAGUUCUGGAUGAAUCCUAGAAUCCUGGCCGUGUUUUCUUAAUUUUUGUCAGAAAUCUCUUCGAUGAGAAAUUUUCUUAAAUCCCUUUCAUUGGUUAUUUUAUUUGCUGACAAAGAUUUCAUGUUGACUUCCUUAAAGCUUUUAUGUUCACUUCCUUCCUGCGAUUAUAUUAGGGACUAUCUGGUGUUCAAAUCCACAGUCAUUUUUAGUCACAUUGCUAUCGGUAUCAGCAACGUGAUAAGCAUUUAACUAUGAAAAGUUGAUCUCCUUAAGAUGCAUCCAAGGAUUUUAAAGAAUUUUCUUACCGCUGUUACUGGUGAUAAUUAUGAACUUGUAUAACUUACCGUUAACUCCAUAUUCCUACAGUUGUGAAUAAUUAAAUUAGGUUUUAAAAGAUUAAAUCGCGCAUUGACAACAGCUUCAUGUGACACUGCUGGCGCACGUCUAGUUCUUUGAUUGUUUAGUGGCAUCGAUCUGACUUGUAUUAUAUUCCAGACUUGAUGACGUUACCCAUGUUAGUCUUGUACUUCUGAUGAUCCAUUUAUUUCUAAGUAUGUGUUAGAGAAAAUAAUUGAAUGUUUAUUGCCAGGUUGUAUAUUUAUGGGAAUUUUGUAUCGUGAUCCUGAACAUCCACUUGAACUUCAUAGGACAAGAGGGAUCGCUUGCUGCUGCAAUACGAGCCAACUAAAAGUAAAGUGUAAGAAUCUUAGAGUUACCCAGCGUGAAGUUGUUCGCUUUUUUUACUUUUGAAUGAGUUUUAUUUUUGGUAACUUAUAUUUAAAAUUCGUACGUUGCUGCGAGAUUUGUACUUUGAUUGUUGAUUAUGAUAAGAUUUUCGAGGCUCUUUUAUUGGUCGUGUUGAGUUUGAUGUCAAAAGCUCCCCUUUAUUUCAUUCGUAAAGUUCAGUUGCAUUAGAGUCUUUGGCUGCUGUUCAUGUCUUAGUGUCGGUAUUAACUUGUUCAAAGCUAGCUUGCGUAGAGAUAAUUUUUCAUUAAUGAUUUUUGGCCACUUUGAACGAUUUUUCUUCAUUUUUCUACUGAUUUCUGGCCCCUUUGAACGAUUUUUUUCUACUGAUUUCUGGCGACUUUGAACGAUUUUUCUUUAUUUUUCUACAUGUGUUGGUUUUACGUGGUAGAUGUAAUUGUGUAUCACAAGCUAUGCCACAAGCUGCAAGCUAAUCGGCAACAGGCCAUGGGCCUAUUUCUUCAGUGCCGACAAUUCUAUUCUAUUCUUUCAUCUGAUUAAGGUUGCUGUUAUAUUUUUGACGCAGGAACGAGGUUCAAUAACUCGCCUAGUCUGUCAUGAAUGGGAAGGACCUUACUGUUGUUAUAAUUUCGUUAUCUCGGUGACAUUUCAUGGUUUUCAAUAUUAUUCAUUUGUUUGCUGUAUAGUAUUGCGUUGAGAAAUGAGCCUAGCCUCUUAGUUCGAGAAGUCGAGAGGUUAAUGAUUGAUUGCUGUUCUCGUAAAGAAAAAAUGUUUCCCGGUGGGUAUAGCAGAUUGUUGAGAGUGGGGAGCUUGCAUCAGAGUUGUAUUAUCAAAUAUUUGCUUAUAUCGGGACCGUGACUUCAGUCCAUGUCAGUAUUUCUAUUGCUGUUACAAAAGGAAAAAGUGUGCAACUAAAUAUAUAUAUUUUUCAUAUUCCAACUUACAUCUUACUUUUUUUUGAGGUAUUUCAUUGUCCCAAAACAAGGUUUUUAUAGAUUUUUCGUAUUUUUGUGUGGGAAAUCUUCAAUUAUUUUGGUAAUUUGUUUGGUUAGUAGCAAAAUUUGCCUGUUUAAAUUUGUGAAAAUUGCAGUGACUCAUUUUAUGAGGUUCAUCUUCUUGUUUUGGUUGCUUAGCCAACUCGCUGCUGCUGCGUUUCCAAUACACGGUAUCGAGGCUGGUCAACGCAGUGGUCAUGUCUGUUGUGUUACAAGGCACCUGCCUAAUGUAUUUAGCUCGAUCUGAAGCGCUAGCAACUAAGGCCACUAAAAUAAACAAACAAAUAAACACCUAAUGUAUUGGUGUCGGCGCCUUUUACAGAAAAUGUGGGUAACGAUACGCCACCAAGAUGAAUGUAGCUGAAUAAUUGUAUGAACUAUCUAGUAAAAUCUAUGAAUAUGAAAACCAUACGGUCCAUUAUUGUAGGUUUCCUCGAUUCUGUUUUCAACUGAACUGUAAAUUUCAGGUUAUUUUACAAUAAGAUGUAUCCUACAUUUUAUCAAGGAUGUAUUUAUUUAUUUUGUAUAGAAAUGAUUAGUGAUGGUAUGACAAACAUUGUUGCUUGGCGAUGCACAAAGAUGAAGAUCACAACGAACGGCACCUGCUGUUUACGUUCGAUGGAGUCACGAGGCAGCGAAACUUUAGAACUUGUUUUAAGGCGAGCGUUGUUAUCAGCAACAUGACACUCUUGCUUUAGUUGCUCUUAUCUAUAUUAUCAUCACUUUACAUUUCUACCAUUAACAGUUCUUCAUAGUUCAAUAGUCCUAUAUCUCCUAUCAAAGGGGUUCACUGACGUGUGUCUAUACUCGUCUAAACGAUCAUUGUGUGAUGUUUAAAAACGGCGAGGCAUUUCUGUCUUUGAUGGAAUGUUAGUGAUUUCCCUGAUGGGUUUUCCUUUGAUUUACUGCAAACAUCAGUUUCUUGACAAAACCUACAGAUGCAAUUUUCCUUCAAGAAACUCUAAGGAACUUUUUUCAAUCGAUGCUGUCACCGCACGUCCUCUAAACUAGAAUUGUUUUUCUGUAGAAAUUCCCUGUUUGAUUCCAAUUGUUGGUGUCGCCGGAAGACCCAAUGCUCUGAAUUGUUCGAAAAAUAUGUUUAUUUUAUUUUCUGUAUAAGGCAACAAAUAUUUUUCAUCUUCACUCGGUUAUCAGGAUUUUCUUCGUUAUUUCUGAAGUCCUAAACCUCCAUAGGAUUUGAUAUGUGCUUGAUCUUGCAAAAGAAUAACAUUUCCAGUAUAUUUUUUUUCAAAUGUAGUUUCCGACGAAAUCCAGAAGUCAGUUUGCUAAAAGUGAAAUUUUUGGUCAUUGAGAUGUAGUUCUCUUGUUGGAUACAAAUUUUGUUGGAUAUUUAUUUUUAAUAUUUUGCCCAACUGCGUCGCAGUGAGAGUUGAGGUUCUUAUUUAUUUUGGGAUCUGCCGCUAAGUUGUCUUCUCCCUGUUUUUAAAAUUUUACAAGAAUGCAAUAAAUGGAAUUAACUGUGAUGACUUGAGUCUUGAUAUGUUCUUGCCAACUACUAAUAUGAUAGAACUUCUAACCAUUGUUUUGAAAGUAUUUGUUCCACGACGUUAUUUUCGUUCUAUUGCAGGGAGCAAGUGCAACAAAAGCCAUGUGAUAUGAUUGUUUCUAGGACAUCUCCCUGGAGGGUAAGCCUCAGGAUGCGCGUCACAUUCGUCGGAAGGCUUGUGAAACUUUGAUACCUUUGACCAUUGUUCCUGAGCGCCUCAUCACGAUGUUUGAGAUCCACGGGUAUCGUUUCGGGCUGCGGCUGUCGGGGAAAAGCGACGCCUCACAUGGGGGCGCCGCCAAUCCGAAAAUCUGCUCGCAGCGGGUCCGUGUUUUGGAGCCCCGGGAGCAACGGGUCGCCCCGGAGCAACGGGUCGCCCCGGAGCAACGGGUCGGCCCGGGAGCAACGGGUCGCCCCGGAGGGGUCCAUCCACCACGAAGAGGUCCGGACGUCGGAUGGACGGUUUUUGGUUGUGAGGUUAGGUUGUCGCGUUGGCUGGAUUCUCUUCCUUCGUGCCUCUCUCAUGGGCGGCCAACGUCUCGUACAUGCGCUCUACUGUAUGGAUGCCUUCGCUUCUGUUGCUGUUCACCCGUCACCAAUUUUUUCUCGUCAGGUCAAGUUGACUGGGAAUUGAAGUCUCACCGCCAUAUCGUAAAUGAUGUUUACUCUGUUACUUCCGAUGGAUUGAUGGUAUAAACUGUGGUAAUAAACUGUUCAUUAGAACAGUACUUCAGCUGCAUUAAUACGGUGGAAAAACUGAACAAUGCCCUUUUCAUUCUGAAUUUAUUUCAGUUGUCUGUUUCAUUGCAACUAUUGUGAGGUUAUGCUGUUAUAUAGAUACGAUUUUCUGCACUUAUUUUCUCUGUUGUCAUAUGCGUGCGUCUUACGUACUGUACAAACAACUUGCUAUUCAUUAUUACAGUUAACCUAUACUCCCUUUGUAGUUAACCUAUACUCCCUUUGUAGACUUACGCUGCUUACAUUUUGCGCUAGUACCGGAUUAUUGAACAAAUUGAUUAAACGUCAGUGUGAGCGUUGCAUAGACUUGUGUUCAGCCUGUGUCACUGAAGGCAUCAAGUUUACACCAAAUUAACCUCGUUGAUGGUUAUUUUUUUGCCGUCGAACGUGCGUUCGGGGCCUCGCUCUAUAGGUGGUGAUGCAACCUGUUUGGAUAUGUCGCGUUAUAUUAUUGUGUGAAAAUUUGUUGUAAAUUUUUUACAAAUAGU